CUUUCUUUAAAGUUUUCCGAAUUUCGAAAUUUAAACCAUUCAAAUGCCCAACGCCUCCCCUCUUCUACUUCAAAUCAGCUUAUUCCCGUUUCUGUCCGAGAACAAAGGUUCCCUCUUCAGCAAUGGGCGGUUCAGGAACGUGGAUCAAGUCGCUCAUCUCCCACAAGAAAACCCAAUCCAACAACGAGGGGGGUGGAAAGAACAUGAAAUGGAAGCUAUGGAGGAGCGCUUCGGGCGGAUUAGUGACGUCUUCUGCAAAGAGAGGGAAGGGGAGGAAAGAUCUCGGAGAUUCCGAGGAAUCUGAAUCUUCUUUCAUGUCUGAUGGAGCUUUUGCUGCUGCCAUGGCUACUCUGGUCAGAGCUCCACACAAGAACUUCUUGAUGGUCAAGCAAGAAUGGGCUGCCGUCCGUAUCCAAUCCUUUUUUCGGGCUUUUCUGGCAAAGCGAGCAUUGAGGGCUUUGAAAGCAGUUGUAAGGAUACAAGCCAUAUUCCGUGGUAGGCUAGUGAGGAAGCAGGCUGCGGUGACACUAAGGUGUAUGCAGGCUCUUGUGCGCGUUCAAGCUCGACUAAGAUCUCAAUGUGGCCAUUCACCUCUUCCUACUUCUGUUGAUCCUAUCAUGCCGGCUGAGAAAGGUUGGUGCAUUCGCCAUGGAACAGUAGAGGAAGUCGCGCUGAAGUUGCAAACGAAGCAAGAAGGGGCUUUCAGGAGGGAGAGGGCAAUGCCAUUUACUUAUUCUCAAGUGCAACCAAAGCACAUUUGCUGGUUAGCGAUGGAAGAUGGCUCAUCUUCAUGGACCACUCCAAGUUCCGACAAGUCUCAACCACUUGAGGAUCACAGUUCAUCGGUAAAAAUGAAGAGAAAAAACAAAGCUAGGGGAAGCAGCAGCAGCAGCACAUCUGGAAAAGAAACAAGAAAGGGGCGAAUUCUCACGCGCACAUUUCCUGAUGAUGAUGAAGAUGAUGACCAGAGUUCAGAAUAUCCUUAUGAUGAUAGAGCAACCACCACCACAGACUCAUCCAUAUUGUCAUCAACACCCGAAACUCUGGGGUCAAGUGAAGAAGUAAAGAGACAUAGCCAUAGCAGCAGGCCAAGCUACAUGAAUCUGACAGAGUCUGUUAAGGCCAAAAACAAGCAGAAAGCUUCUUCUAUAGCAGUCAACAAUUUGCAGCAGCAGCCCCAUACAACAAAGACUACUGGCUCGCCCUUCCGUGGGGCGAGGAGAAAUGCUGAUCAUAAUAAUGCCAACCUUUAUUCCCUUCAUACUUGCAAGGACUUUUAUGUGCUCAUGAAGAGUUCUUCCCUGAAACAAGAAUGACUACACUGCAUGCUCUAAUUAAAAGGGUUCAUCAAUAUCUUGUUGUCUAAUUUAUAUGCAAAGAGUGACAUUCGUUCUCUGAUAUACGGUUUCGUUGUGAAGCACACGAGAGAAGUGUGUUCACAAGUUGAGCUGAGUAUAUUUGUAUAUAUAAAUACAGUACAAGACACAGA